UUCUUCCGUGCUCCUUUGUCCCGCAACAUGCAGUGCUGUGAGCCUGCAGUGAACGACGAAAAGGAUGCCGUCAAUAUCCCGGGGGAGACCACGCCGAUCGAGAGCGUGCCUGCAGGGCCUGAGGAAGCUCCUGCAGAGGCGCCCAGCGGUGACUUAAAAGUCGCCGCUGUGGCACUUGAGGAUGAGGAAGCGCCUCCCAUUGCAGAGGAGGAAACAGCCGAACCUGUGAAGGCCAAGCCAACCAAAGCUUCCCUGUGCAAGCUAUUCUCACAGAUGGAUGCCGUGGAGGCCUUGGUGUUGGUGGUGGGCACGCUGUGUGCAAUGGCCCACGGGGUAGCGCAACCGUUAAUGAUUGUCAUCUUCGGCGAUCUCAUCGAUGCACUUGGCGGAAGUCCUGAAGAGGUCCAGCGUGAGACGGAACGGCUGUCUCUGACUAUGUGUGCUGUGGGUGGCGGAGCUUUGGUGGCAGCGACGCUUCAGGGGGCAUGCUUCAAGAUCUUCUCUGACUCGCAGACCAUGAAGUUCCGGAUUAUGUAUUUUCAAGACAUCCUGCACCAGGAUGUCGGUUGGUUCGAUACCAAGGAAGUUUCGGCAUUGUCGGCUGAGAUCCAGGACGACCUGUCCAAGAUCCAAGAUGCCUUCGGAGACAAGUUUGGCAACGGUGUGAUGGCCUUGUCGGCCUUCCUUGGAGGCUUUGCUUGCGCCUUUGGCCUCGGCUGGCUGCUUGCGCUCAUCCUCUCCGCCGUGCUGCCUUUCAUGGCCAUGGGAACGUACUUCGUCGGCCAGGCUGUUGCCGAGGUGCGGACUGUGCAAAAAGCCACGUGGUUUGGGCUUGGCGCAAUGUAG